AUGUCCAUGGACCCGAUAUUCUUGAUAGGAGAAGACACAACGGUACAUCAGUGUAACGAGGCUGCUCUUCGCAUUUUGAAGCUCAACGACAUGUCCGAGAUUGUACAGAAGCUCACGGUGCCGAUGGUGUCUCCAGAAUUUCAGCCAGAUGGCUCGAGGACACUAGAAAAGCUCCAGGACAAGAUCGAGGCUCGUUCCAUAGCGUUGGAAUCCAUACCCUGCAGCCUCAGAGAAGCCAUUGAGGAGUCACUGUCCUCAGUUCGGGUGUUAGCACUGCAGAAGGACCUAGAGCUCAACGCUUUUGUCGAGGAUGCCCUUCCUUCGGAGGUCAUUGGAGACCCUACCAGGAUUCGCCAAAUUUUGCUCAACCUGCUUUCCAAUGCAAUCAAAUUCACCGAGAGUGGCAGAAUCGAUCUACGAGCCUUUAUCAAGGACCCCAAGGAUUCGCUGACAGUCCAUCCCCGUCUGUCACCAUGCACUUCAUCCAGGGCGGAGGGUAAGGAGCCUGGAAAGCGGAUCAGAGCUGCGCUCGUUUGCAGGGCUGAGGUGUCUGGUGGUGGAGGACAAUCCGGUGAACUGAAUGGUGGUGGUGAGGCUGCUGGGCAGCCUGCAGAUUGCAGUUCGGCGUUUUGUAAAGCGCUUGGUUAUGACCAGUGCGAUAUCAUCCAUCGUCCGUUCGAAGAGAUCAUAGAUUGCAACCACAGGAGCCGUUUUCAGAGUGCACUGAAGAAGGCUCUCCAAAAAGCAGCGUUCGAGCUUCGCCUGAGAUGUCACAAUGGCGGCACUGCAUGGUUCGAUGUCUCCAUGAAACCGGUCCUAGCAAAUUCCGCGGAUGGGCCAGUCUCGUCAUAUUGUUGCGUGUUCCAUGACAUCUCCACGCGGAAAACUGCUGAAGAGCAACUACUGGGAGGGCUCGGAAGGUGCUUCAAGCUCUGCGGAGCAUCAUUUGGAGAGUUUGAUCCUCCGUCAUUGUUUGAAAACCCAGAUACCUUUCUGCACCGGCUGAAACUGGUUGAAGAGACUCUUAAGACAGGGCAGGAGAAUGAGAAGUUCAGAAGAAUAUUUGAAAUGUCCAUGGACCCGGUUUUCAUCGUUUCUGACGACAUGGUAAUUCAGGAAUGCAACGAAGCAGCCGUCAAGAUCCUGAAAUUCAAGGAUAAAUCCGAGAUUGCAGGCAAGGUAGACGUUGCCAGCCUGACGCCCGAGUUCCAGCCAGACGGGACAAGAUCUGCCGACAAGUUGGCUCAGUUCAGCCGCCCGGUGCUCUCAGGAGGAGGCUCUGCCAUUGGCGAGUGGUGGCACUAUGCGUCGGAUAAAACCCUCAUUCCGAUCCUAGUAAAAGUUCAGUGCGUGCAAGCCAACGGGCGCAGCCACUUUGUGACCGUCUGGCACGACCUCACAGACAUAAAGCAGCACGAGCAGGCGCUGCUCAAGGCGCGGGAGAACGCGGAGCGCGCCAACGCGUCCAAGAGCGAGUUCCUCGCCAAAAUCAGCCACGAGAUCCGCACCCCCAUGAAUGGCGUCAUCGGUGUAGCAGACCUGCUGUUGCAAACCCCGCUGAGCAACGAGCAACGGUCGCUCCUCGAGGUAAUCCGCACGUCGGGGGACUCGCUGCUGAGGAUCAUAUCGGACGUGCUGGAUAUAAGCAAGAUGGAGGCGCACUCGCUGCAGCUGGAGGCCGUUCCGUUCAACCUGCGGGCUGUGGUGGCUGAAGCGGAAUCGACCGUGCAUGUGCUCGUGCUGCAAAAGGGCAUCCAGCUCCUCGUUGACGUGGAUCCAGCCGUGCCCUCGCUUGUGGUUGGGGACCCCAGCAGGCUGCGCCAGGUGCUGCUGAAUCUCCUCUCCAACGCCAUCAAGUUCACUUCCAGGGGCCAUGUGAAAGUGCGUGUGAGCCUGUCAAUAGCAGCUGAAAUUCUACCAGCGUCAGCACAGCCAGAUGCAGUGAAAGCUGACCCACAAGCCUUGUCAGCAGAACAAGGAGCAGCCUCAGCAGAGCCCGAAACUGCGUCAGCGAAUCCUCGUGCAUCGUCACUAGAACCCAAAGCAUCUCCGACAAAACCCAGCCGAAAGAGAGUGUUAUGGGGAACGGGUGAAGGGAUGGCAGGAUUAGAGGAUGAUGCGAAGAAGAGGGCGAGAUCUGAGGAGGGGGGGAAGGGGGACGAGAGGGCAGGAUACGAAUUUGGAAAGAAGAGUGAUUCCUUGCAGAAGCAGGCGUUGGAAAGACUAGGUGCUGCAAAGAUGGCAGGAAUGGGGACUUCUAGAGCUGGAAACGGGUUCCAAGAACAUGGCAAUGUGCCAGAGGAGAGAGAGAGAAACGGCGAGGCACGAGUACCAAGUGAAGGAGGUUGCUGCGAGCAUGUGUGUGCUGGGCCGUCAGCUGAUGCAGAUGUUCCACAGGAGGAGCAAUCAGGCCCGUCAGCAGCAACAGAUGUUUCACAGGAGCAGCGAGGUCGGCCAGCAGCAGCAGAGGUUUCACGGGAGGAGCAAUCAAGUCCCUCUAUGGCAGCAGCAGGCACGGCUUUUGAGGCGUGUCAAGAGUUGAGUGCGCUGAGUGCUGGCCUGGCACCUGCCGCAGGUGUGCCGCGGGAGCAAUCAGAUCCAUCAGAUCCAUCACCAGCAGCGGCGGUUGUUGUUUCACCGCAAGAGCAAUCACACCCACCUGUAUUAGCAGAUGCUAACCUUGCAGCUGAAGGCUCUGCAGGGAAGUCACAACAUGAAGACAUAGCCAGAGCAACCAGCUCGGAGAAGCAAGCUGCAUCUGCAUGCCUUCCUGAGAAUAGCAAUUUGAUGAUCAGGUCCCUUUCCCUGGAGAAGGCGCGGGCAAUUACAGUGCGCUUUGAAGUGACAGACACUGGGAUCGGCAUUCCACAGCAGAUGCUGCCAAAGUUGUUCCAGCCUUUCACACAGGCGGACAAGUCCACCUCGAGGAGGUACGGGGGCACGGGGCUGGGCUUGGCCAUCUGCAGGUCGCUCGUGAUGCUCAUGAAGGGCACUAUCUCCGCCUCCUCCCGCCCAGGCCAUGGCUCCUGCUUCUCCUUCGCCCUGCCCUUCACUCUCCCCACUGGGACCUGCUUAAAUUCCCCUGAGGUUACGGAUACUUGUGCUGUUGCUAAGUGUGGUGGAGUCACAGGGAGUGUCGCAGCUGCAGUAGCAGCGGCGGCAGCGGUGCGCUCCUCUUCUCCAUCGGUAGAGCUGCAAUCGUUUGCCGGGCUGAGGUGUCUGGUGGUGGAGGACAAUCUGGUGAACCAAAUGGUGGUGGUGAGGCUGCUGGGCAGCCUGCAGGUCACCUGUGACGUCGCAGAGGAUGGGGUCAAGGCCGUGGCAGCAUGCCAAGCCAAGGAGUAUGACGUCAUCUUCAUGGAUGUGCACAUGCCCGAAAUGGAUGGGUUUGAGGCGACUAGAAGGAUUCGCGAGAUUUCUGACACAAACAGCGGCGAUUCUUCAGCUUCUGGAAGGCAAUGCGACGUGGCCAUAUCUUGCAACGGAGAAGCCACUAUCGUGUCCACUGGACUAAUCCGUCCCUUCGCGUCGCACAUCAAGGCCGUGGACGACCAAUUCAAGAGCGGCGCGCACCUGAUUAAGCUCGACCCGCGCGAAUGUCGCGAGUUUCUAGAUCGCCAGCGGCUAAAACAUCCGCUAGCAGCAGCAGCAACGGAGGAGGAUCAAGCAGAGGAGGACACGCUUCUCGGCUGGUUCACCCUGAAAACCGUUGAGAGGAUAAUAACAUUCGUGAAGUCGCCCGGGCUGCUGGAGCACGCGGUGACGAUCGAGGCGGAGUUGCAGAGCCUAGACGACACCAUCCAUACCCCCGCCGCUGCCUCUGAGCCGUUUCAGGCGGAGCCGCAACUGGACGGUAGCGACGGCAGAGUGGAGGAGGGCCUGAGAGGGGCGACGCCGCUGAGGGACCGGCUCUCGGGGCGACGAGCGUCGUCUCGCUCGCCGUCUCCCGCCCGAAGCCUCAAUGGAUUCAAGACAGAUGCGUCCAGCGAUAGCGGCGAGCGAGAGAGUCGCCUGCGCCAAGCCAAGGACGUGCGCGCGGCCAUGCUCAAGCGCGAGCAAGGCGUGGCGAUCGCGCGCGCAGCAGCGGCGGGAUUCUCCCCGGACGUGCUGCCGCUGCUGCUGUGCUUCGCAGAUUGCUUCGGAGCCGUCCGAUUGAAGCACGCGUGCGUCAAGUUCUCCUCCCUCGUCCGCCGCCAAGACUUCGCCUACGCGGAAAGCCUCACGCGCGCGCAACUCGCGCAGUCCAUCGCGCAGCCCGGCGGUGGCGCAAGCGUGGGCGCGGGCAGGGGCGCGGGCGCUGCCCCGCCGCAGCUGCCGCCGUCGCAACAGCAGCAGGCGUUUGGGCUGGCGGCAGGGCGAGGCGGCGGAAUCUGGUUACCCGACGGCCACGUCACCGGUAACACGGUUACAGGGACUCCUGGGGGCUAUUACCCCUUCGUUCCGCUAUAUAACGGGGCUAUGCCCGGUGGUAUACCCGGCGCUAUGGGCCCAGGGAUAUCUCCCCCUACUGGGACCCCUGUAACUUAUGGCCUCGUCGGUCCCAAUGGGGAGAUUUACGCUGUUGCCGGUGGCAGCGGCGGCAUGGGUGGAAUGGGAGGCGGAAUAGGCGGCACAAUGGGUGGCGCAACUCUCGGCGGGACGGGGGCGGGUGGUUGGGGAAGUGCCCCUGGUUUUGCAGGGUAUAACAGCCCGUUUUCCACGCCCGGGGGUUGGUCUGGGGAGGACCAAUCAGAAUGGAGCACGGACGAUACUAACGGAAGGGGCGGGUACGGAACUGGGCCGGCCGCGUAUCGCGGCGACUCGCCUGCCGCCGCUAGACGGCGCCGGCCGUUCAAGUCCAAGUCGGCUAGCCGGCUAAUGCCGUGGCAGCAGCGGCCGUGGAGCGCGGCGGGAUUCCCGGGGAGUAAUGCGGGGGCGUCGACGGAUUUGUCGGAUACGAGCAGUGCGGUGUUUGGUAGGGACGAUGUGACUGAACCGAGUGUGCUUUUUCCGGGAAGGAAUUUGAUAGAAGACAGCAGCGUCGCGAGCUCCGUCGCAGAGAAUCAACUGAGCUGCUCGGCGAGCCCGCUGCGACCAGUGAAUAGUCGCGCGACGUCGCCCAGGUCGCGCGCGUCGUCACCCAUGUCGCGCGCGACGUCGCAGGAUCUGAGGGAUUUUGUCCAAGGGCUGCAGAGGAGAGGCGCGAAGGGGGAACCGGGGGUCGGCGGAACCGGCGCGGGGAGGGAGGCGGCAAGCGGGUUGGACUUAGCCGCCGCUGCGAUGGGGAUGAAAUCGGACGGCGGAGCGUUGAUCAGGAGCGGGAGUGGCCACGGGAGGGCGUCGCAUAUCUCGCCUAUCAUCCGCUCUCAGUCCGCGUAUCAUGUGAGGGCGGGGAGCGGGGGAAGGGGCGCGGCGGCAGGCGGAGGCACAGGGGGAGAAGCAGGGGGAUUUCCGGUGGGAGGGGCGGAGGGAGGAGCAUGCGGAGCAGGCGGAGCAGGGGAAGCAGGAGGGGCAGUGGGGGCAGGCUGCACAGGCAGCAUAGGGGGACCGGUUGAUAUCUUGAUGGUAACCGCCUCAACUCCCAAAAAGGGCUCCUCGUGGGCGAAUGCGGAUGAGGGGAGGGAUUAUCUGGGGGAGGUGGAGCUCAGGGGAGGUACGACCGCCCUGAACGACCGUAGACUGGUGCCUGGGGAACUGCCUGGGGAACUCGAAAUGGAGACAAUGGCCGGGUGGGGAGAGGCGGAAGACGAGGGGGAGGAAGACAUCAUGAAGGGGGAGGCGUUCCGCAACUCCCUGGAGGCUGGCGCGGGGACGGGCGGAAGGGGAGGCGGGGGGGCAGCUGCGGGGAGAGGUGCCGGGAGAGGAGGUGGAGGAGUGGCGGAAACGAAGAGGGCAGUGGGGGGAAGAGGUAGCGGUGGUGUAACAGCAGGGAUGCGCGCAGGGGGAAUGGGUUUAGGCGGAAUGGGCGCGUUGGCGCGGAGCAGGAGCAUUGGGAGCGCGGGGAGUGGGGGAGGGGCCGGCAGGGGGCGUGGCGGAGUGGGAGGGGGAGUGGGAGGCGGAGGGGGAACGGGGGCGAUGAGUGUGCAGGAGAGGGCAAUGAUGGUGAUGGAGAGGAAGCAGCAGGAAGCUGCCAAACGCAGGGAGGAGGAGAAGCGGCGGCAGGAGGAGGCAAGGCAGCAGCGGCUCCACCGCAGCUCCUCCCUCGUGCGCUCCUCCUCCUCCUCUGCCUCGCUCUCCGAGCGCCGCCGCUCCCUCUCCUCCGCCUCCCACCCUGCCAGUGCUUCCGCUUCUGGUGCUGCGGUUGCAGCUUCAGCCAGGGCUGCACGUGCGGCUGCUGCUCCAACCAGCACCGUCGCCACCCAAAAGAAGCAGCAGCUGCCCUCCCCGCGCUCCACUGCCUAUCGUCGCCCCCUCUCUGCUCCUCGCACCACCAGGCCUGGUUCUGCUGGUGGUGGUGCUGCUUCUCGCACGCUCUCCUCUUCCUCCUCUCUCACGGCUCCUACUGCUGCUUCUGCAGCCAAAGCAGCAGCUGCGAGUGCAGGCCCCCCUGCUACCACCUCUGCUGCAGCAGCCUCUGCUGCAAUUGUGUCUCGUGCCCGUGCCCGUGCUCCGAGCCCCGAUCUCUACCGCACAGGCAAGCUCGGGCAGCAAAACGGGCAGCAGCGAAUCUCCGUCUCCCAGAACGUUCCAGGAAGCCGCUUGCAAGGAGCAGCUGCUGCGGGCAUAAGGGGCGGGUUGGCUAUGAGGAGGACAGGCAGCGGGGGAGGUGGUUCUGGGGGAGGUGGUACUGGGGGAGGUGGAAGUGGGGGGGACGUUGAAGGGCUGGUGAGAGGAGGGCGGGUGGUUCGGUCCCAGAGCGCCCAUGUGGUUGUGAGGGAGGGUGCAGAGGAGAAGGAGAAGGAGCAAGGGCAGCUGUUCAACAAUGGGCGAGGAGUGUCUGCUGCUCGGGGUCGCAUUGCUGCUGAGAGUGGAGGAGGAAAGGAAUCAACAGGAGCAGCAGCAGGGAAAGCAGCAGGGAAAGCAGCCGGAGCAGCAGGGGCAGCAGGAGGAGCAAUGGAGAAAACAGCAGGAGCAUCAAGGGAAAGGGCAGGGAAGGUUGUGGAGAAUGACUAUCCGGUUCUGAUGAGGAACAAGUCUCCUGCUCGAGGUAGGGAAGCUAAUGUAGGGAGUGCGAAGGGCGGGGAUGGACUGAGUCAGGAGUCUUUGCUCGUGACUUCCCUUGAGUGCUGGAAUUUCAGUGACUAUGGAAAGGCGGCGGCGGCGGCGGCGGGGAAGGCGGAAAGAGGGGGGGCGAAAGGAGAAGUGAAUUCAGAUGCUGAUUUCAGCUGGACGCAGGGUGGGGGAAGCAGAGACGAAGGACUGGGUGUGCAGCAGCUGCAACAGCAACAGCAGGAGCAGCAACAGGAGCAGGAGCAGACGCAGCAGCAGGAGCAGCAACAGGAGCAGGAGCAGGAGAAUAAACAGGUGGCUAGUGGAAAGAACGUGGUCCAGAGAAGGAUGUGGAUAAGGGAUGUCAUGGCUAACGAGCAUGAGAAUGUGGCUGUGAUGAAUGCAGCUAAUGUCCCUAAACUGUCUAUGAAGGCUGGGGCAGAGGAGCUUGUUCUGCUGCCUGCUGGGAACGCCCUUGGGCCUGUGGUGCAGUCUGGAGGCAAGGGUGGGGGGAAAGGAGCUGAGAAGGCAGGGGCAGGAGGGGAGCAGAACCAGGAGGAGUAUUGGAAGGGGGAGAGGAGCCGAGUUGGGAAGGAGAAUAAGUUGAUGCAGCAUUCUCCAUUGACUCAUUCGAGUUCGGCGUCAGGAGUUCCUAACUAUGCGUCAGGAGGAUAUUCGCAGCUGGAGCUGGAUUUCAGGUCCGGUUCGUUUGGAGACAAUGACCUUGGAGGAUGGGGGAUGAAGUUUGCCCAAUCCGCUUCGAUCAAAGCAGCUCCCGGGGGUAGUAGCCCGGGCGGUGUUUGGAAUAAGAGUGUAUUGGGUGAGAAUAACGCGUAUUCGGAGUUGGGAUUGGAGGGGCCGUUUGGAGUUUUGGAGGAGGUGCCUGUGGAGACGAGGAGGGAGGCUACUGACGAGCAGGUGAAAUUAAAGGAUACAAGGAAGAAGCAGGAGAAGGAGUAUAUUGAAAUGCUGAGAGCCAGGGACGCAGCACGGAAGGCGGCAGCUGUGGAGGACUCGCCUAUUGAAAAGAAGAAAGGGUCCAGCCUGAUGAAGAUGUUUGGAUUCGGUUUUUGA